AUGCAUUCCCACCUCCACACACCUUACAAUGCCAACUGCGAAGCAAUUAUGACAGCGUUAGACGAAUGCCACGCCAAGGGCUUUCUGCACAAGGCCUUCGGAAACUGCAACGAUAUCAAGCGCGACGUGAACAAGUGUCUGGCCGCGGAGCGCUACGAGCGGGCCAAGCGGAACCGUGAUGCGGCGAGGGAGAACCGGAAGCGAAUUGAGAAGAUCUGGGCGGAUGAGAAAGCUUUUGAGCAGGGAUUCUCGUCUGCGCCUUCGAGUGUUGGCGCUGAGAAGAAGGAUUAG